UGACCACCAUCAUGACCGGGCACGAGCCACCAAUUCGAAAGCCUGAAGUCGUCUCUCUUGGAUCUAUGCUGACCCCGCAAACACUAGUCGUCGGCUCACUUCUGUUUGCGGUCGUCCUCGUCGUCCUCUUGAUACUUGUUAAUAGAAGAAAGUCAAGAGGGCAAGGAACUGCACUGCUGCUAGUUGGACCGUCAGACUCGGGGAAAACUGCAAUCUUUUCACGGCUGGUCUAUGGCCGCACUACUCCGACACAUACAUCACUUCAACCCAAUGCCUCUAUUGCCAACAUUACGCCUUCCAAGGCUGUCCGAAUCAUCGAUAUUCCAGGACACCCAAGGAUCAGGGACCAAUUUACAGAAUACCUGUCUGACGCCAAGGUUAUUGCCUUCGUCGUCGACUCUAACACGAUAUCUCGCAAUGGUGUCGCAGUCGCGGAACAUUUGCACCAUAUACUUCACGCAAUAACGUCCUUGCCGCCAUCUCACGCAGUCCCCUCCCUUGUGGUAGUAUGCAACAAAGCCGACCUUCUCAAAACGUCAGCUUCUUCAGGGAGCGCGACGACGCUUGCUGUCAACCGAGUCAAGACCAUCCUUGAGCGAGAACUCGAGAAGCGGAGACUCGCCCAAACCGGAGGUGUCGGCGUCGAGGGCCUGGGGGAAGAGGGAGAACGGUCAGAACUUGGAGGUCUGGAAUGCGGAGAUGGAAACUCACCUUUCCGUUUCGACGAAUGGGAUGGAGGUGAUGUCGUGUUUUUGGGAACCUCCAGUCGGUCAGAAACAUCUGAAAAGUCUGCUGCGCUCGAUGAGAAGAGGGAAGCGGACGGUCUCUCUGCGUUGCAGGAUUAUCUUGAGGAGCAGAUGUGA